AUGCCAGUUCCUAAUAACUCUUUAGUGUCUCAAUUUAGCAACUUGAUGCUGCUGCGUGAGUUGCAGUAUGACACUGUUUCUUUGACUCGUAAGCAUGAGGCAAACGUCUUAAAGUUAAAUGAAGAACAGCGGGUGGUCUACGAUAAAAUUAUUGAUUGCGUUUCGAAUAAGAGGCACGGAUUCUUUUUUGUGUAUGGGUUUGGUGGCACUGGAAAAACUUUUUUAUACAGGGUUUUGUUUGCUAGAUUGCGAUCUGAGAAAAGGAUUGUUAUAAACGUUGCUUCUAGUGGUAUAUCUUCUCUGUUGUUACCUGGUGGUAAGACGACUGACUCUAUGUUCAAUAUUCCUGUUGAGCUGACUGAAGAUACUGUUUGUCAGAUUAAGAAGGAUAGUGCAAAAGCUGAGGUAGUCCGAUUGGCUGAUUUGAUUAUUUGGGAUGAGGCACCGAUGAAUAACAAGUUGGCUUUUGAAGCACUCGAUAGGACGUUAUGUGAUAUAAUGGUUUCGGUCUCUAAUAGGAAUAAAGAUUUACCUUUUGGUGGGAAGGUGGUCGUUCUCGGUGGUGAUUUCAGGCAAGUCUUGCCAGUUAUUUCGAAAGGUUCUCGUGCUGAGAUUGUGAUGGCUUCGAUAAAUUCUUCUGUCCUCUGGAAAUAUUGUGAGGUUGUGUCUGACAAAAAAUAUGAGGUUAACAAUGGGAUUGGAACAAUCAACUCUUCAGGAGUUAAGGAUAGGGCAAUUUUGGCUCCGACUGUCGACAAUGUUGAAGAGAUAAAUAAUUAUAUAGUUCACUUGUUGCCCGGGGAGGAGAAAAAUUAUCUCAGUGCUGAUUCGAUAUGUGGUAGUGAUGUCUAUUCUGAUGUUGAUGUUGAUUGGAUAAAUUUGAAAAUAGGCGUGCCUAUUAUUUUGUUGAGGAAUAUUGAUCCAGCUGGGGGUUUGUGUAAUGGGACCCGACUUGUUGUGCGAGAUUUAGGGAGAAAUGUGAUUGAUGCGGAUAUUGUUUCUGGUAGCAAUGUUGGGGAUAAAUUUUUUAUCAGUAGAAUGAAUAUGAUUCCCAGUGAUACGGUUAUACCGUUUAAAUUCCAACGCCGUCAGUUCCCGGUUUCUCUGUCGUUUGCAAUGACAAUAAACAAAAGCCAGGGUCAGACAUUAUCAACAGCCGGGUUGUUCUUGCGUCGUCCUGUGUUUUGUCACGGUCAACUUUAUGUAGCUGUUUCUCGAGUUAGGAAUAGAAAUUGUCUUAAGAUUUUACUUUGUGAUGAUGGAUUAGUUGAUCCUAUCAGGACUGAAAAUGUUGCCCGCAGACAUCCAAGCUGGACGUUCUUCUCCACCGUGGCUUCUCCUCAGGAAGGGUGCAUGUUCUCCUCUUUGCUUUCGCCGUCAGCUGUUUUUUCUUACGAUUCCUUAACGCAAGCCCCUUUUUUCGCGGAUUUAGUUGAUCAGGUUAAGUAUUUUCCCAUAGAGUCUCAAAUAGAAGAUCUGCAAGCAAUCAAUUAG